UACAUGGUGCUCAAUUUUUCAAGAUGUCGUCGCUGGAACAGAGGCUGUCGCGAAUCGAGGAGAAACUAAAGCAGGAAAAUGAAGAAGCUCGCCGGAGAAUCGACCUUAACAUCGACAUGAGUCCACAGCGAUCACGUCCGAGGCCGAUCAUCGUGAUCCAGCUCAGUCCUGCUCCAGCCCCUUCCCAGCGUGCAGCGCUCCAGCUGCCACUAGCCAACGAUGGAGGCAGCCGGUCAUCGUCUUCAGAGAGCUCGCCUCAGCACCAUCCCUACCCCAGCCGCCCGCGACACAUGCUCACCCUGCCCACGCCUCCGUACGGCCUGCAGAAGAGCUUAGAGAAUGCAGAGAUUGACCAGAAAUUACAGGAGAUCAUGAAACAGACGGGUUACCUGAAGAUCGACGGUCAGCGGUAUCCAGCGGAGGUGACAGACCUGAUCAGUGAAGGGGAGAUCGGCAGCGGGACCUGCGGACAGGUCUUCAAAGUGCGAUUCAAGAAGACCGGCCAUGUCAUCGCUGUCAAACAAAUGCGUCGCACGGGCAACAAAGAUGAGAACAAGAGGAUCCUGAUGGACCUGGAUGUGGUGCUGAAGAGCCAUGACUGCCCUUACAUCAUCCAGUGCUACGGCGCCAUAGUUACCAACACGGAUGUAUUCAUUGCCAUGGAGCUGAUGGGGACGUGUGCUGAGAAGCUGAAGAAGAGAAUCCAGGGCCCCAUCCCAGAGCGAAUCCUUGGAAAGAUGACAGUGGCAAUAGUGAAGGCAUUGCUGUACCUGAAAGAGAAACACGGUGUCAUCCACCGGGACGUCAAACCCUCCAACAUCCUCCUGGAUGCUAAAGGUCAGAUCAAACUGUGUGAUUUUGGCAUCAGUGGACGCCUCGUCGACUCCAAGGCCAAGACCCGCAGUGCCGGCUGUGCUGCCUACAUGGCGCCUGAGAGAAUAGACCCUCCAGACCCAACCAAACCUGACUAUGACAUCCGAGCAGACGUGUGGAGCCUUGGCAUCUCUCUGGUGGAGCUGGCUACAGGACAGUUUCCCUACAAGAACUGCAAGACAGACUUUGAGGUUCUGACCAAAGUGCUGCAGGAAGAUCCUCCUCUGCUGCCUCUCGGCAUGGGCUUCUCCCUCGACUUCCAGUCUUUCGUCAAAGACUGCCUCACAAAGGAUCACAGAAAAAGGCCAAAAUACCACCAGCUGCUGGAGCAUAGUUUCAUCCGCCGUUACGAGGUGCUGGAGGUGGACGUGGCCGGUUGGUUCCAGACAGUGAUGGAUCGCACCGAGUCGCCUCGCAGCAGCCAGUGUUACAGCCAUCAGCACCAGCUCCACUCGCUCUUCAGUAGGUAGCCUAGCCCAGCCCUGCGUUAGCUUAGCCAGACGCUAGUCUUGCCUAGCUUUAGCUUUGCCAAGCCCAGACUCAGUCUGUCCUAGUCUAGCCCAGCGUUAGCAGCUAAGCCUAGCGUUAGACCCAGCCCGCCUGUCCAUCUGUCCACCGGAGAGCCCACAGAGGAGGGGGAGAGACGGAGACUCGAUGGAGUGAUGGACGGAGACGUGGACUGAUGGAUGGAUGGAUGACACAGGUGGAUCUGUUUAUCAGAGUGUUGAAUCUGGACAGGCAGACAUGAGAAGGAGGGAUGAGAAAAGGGUGCACACUGUAGUUAGCUUCUUUCGUUUACACACUGUUGCGUCUCGUCACGUUAUCAUAUCAUGUCACAUCACAGUGUGUGUAUAAGCCACACGCACUCGCAUACAAACUGUGUGUGUAUUUUGUAUGUUUCUACAUUUCCUCCACUUUCCAUUAGUCUUUCACCUACGUGUCUGUCUCCAGCAUUGAUCCAAGCCCUUGGAUUAGUCAACAGAGUAGUCACUACACACUGGAACAAAGCAUCUGCUACAUUAGCAAACCUGAAUCUCUCUUGUACAUAAGCGUUAUGGAGGACACACCAAUGUCCGGUGCAAUUAUGAUUCUUCAGGUGUUUCUACUAUCACACAUUCUCAGGCUGAAUCUGUGUGUGUGUGUGUGUGUGUGUUUGUGUGUGUGUGUGUGAGAGAGAGAGAGAGAGAGAGAGAGAGAGAGAGAGAGAGAGAGAGAUAGUGUGUGUUUGUGUGUGUAUGAAUAUCAAGACACAGUCACUGGUUGUUUUUAAAAGUGAGAUAAUAUUUCCUAGCCAUUUGUUCACCCUCACACUACAGCUGUUAACACACAAACCAGAAUGAAUUAAUCUAUUGUCCGUGCUUCAUUUCUAACAUGUAAGGAUUUUAACCCUCAUUAACUUUGAUAUAAAUUAUAUUUACAAUACCUGUCAUUGUAUUUAGCAGCUGCACAAUUGGGAAAACGCGAUGAAAAAGACUUACAAAAAAAUUAGUGUUGCAUUGUAGCUUUGUAGAAAAUGGGUCGUGUAUGGUUUUAUAUUUAUGUGUUCAGAAUGAUUUGGAUGAUCUAAAAUAGAUGGAGGCAUACUAAGAACAGAAAGGAUGAGUUAGAGAGAAGGAGGAGUGUCUGACUCUUUCUAGAAAUGUUGAAGAGAAAAGCAGAGAACGUAGAAGAACAGGGGAGUUGCACUCCCAUUGAUGACUGUGAGGAAGCUUGAAAAACUGUUACGAGUGUGAGAAACUAGACGUUGGAGGUAAAAGUGGGAGCAGAGUGCUUUUUUUAUGGAGAAGGCAAAGAACAGGAGCUUGUCUUGUACAAAGAAUAUAAAUGGGGUAGAUCUUAUUAACUGUGGAGCAUUUCUUUACUUCACUCUCUGUUUGUCUACCUCUUCCUCUUUGUCCACCUCUCUGUCUGCUUCUGCUGUUUAGUGUGAUGUAGUGCUCCACAGUGUUACCAGACCAAAGGCUGCGUGUAGGUUGUUGUCGGUGGAGGCUGAGAGAUGUAGACAUUAAAGAACCACACAGACACGUCUUGAUAAAGCACGUUUUUUUGGUGGUGUUAGAAGCUAGAGCAAGGGUCUCAAACUACAAGCACAGGGGUCAGAUGAGGCUUGUGAGGUCAUAAAGCUGACCAGGUUUAGAAUUUAGAAAUGUUUUUUUGCCUUAUCUCUGAUGUUUUUAGUCUUAAUAGUCAUUUAGGCCUAUUUUAAAGUAAUCAUGUACUUUUUACAGGCAUGUACUAAUGCGCUAAUGAUUUCAGUAUCUCCCAGUAUCUUGCUAAUCAUGUUCUAAAUAUUUGCUCAAUCAGAAAAAUGUCAAGUUUCCAGAGUCCAAGGAUUAGGGUCCAAAUUGCUUUCCAAAACUACUAAUUUUGAGUUUGCUGUCUUAUAAGACAAAGGGAAGCAGCAAAUCUUCACCUUUGAAAUAUUGACCAGUGAAUUUUUGGCAAUUUUACUUGAAAAAAAAUCAUCAAAUUGUUGCAGAUUAAUUUUCUUGUCAAACAGCAAAUAGAUUAAUACCAUACAAAUGGUAUACCUACCAUAUAUAAUACCAACCAUAAGCUAAGACCAACAGCACGCAGGUUUAGCAUAGCACAAUUGACACCUACAUUUCUUUUUUAAACCCCAAAAGAGCAGAGACAGUUUCAAGAGUUUUUUUUAAGUAUUUGAAUUGGAGUUCAGUGUGACAGUUUUCUUUCUUCUCUGUGAGGACAAAGCUGUCGUUCUCUGGUAAUACAAUCUGAAGCAGUGUUAGCGUUUGUGCAGAGAUCUAGGAGAAAACAAACUGGCCAGUGUGCCCCAGGUGAUUUGACUUUGAGACCCCUGAACUAGAGGAUUGUUAAGAUAAAAUUGAGUGCGUCAGGCUUGAUUAAACCAGUCACAUGUGCGCAUAUUAUGUGCGCAGGUCUUCUGAGACUGGCUGUCUGACUAGAGUCCUACUGCCUCCCCUCUUGACGGGCCACAGCCAAAGCCUGCUAGAUGUGCAGACUCAAACCUCCCACACCCCGUCACGCACCAAACCAAAUCACUGCUAGACACAGAGAACUGAGAACGACGGAGAGAGGAAACUGUUAAGUGUCAGAGAGUGAGAUCCGGGAAUGUUGUCAAGAUGGCAGAAAAGAUGAGUUUUUAGAAUAAUAUGUCAGGAAAAUGAGAGGAGAGGACGAAGUGAGGUGAGAAGGAAGACAGGGAGUGUUAAGGAAGUGUAAGUGGACGUUAAAGAAAAGUCAAACUGGUGUUGGAUGACAGGAAGUGAAGUGUGAAUAAGGAGAGAGGAUAUCAGGAGGGGAAACAUCAGCCCAAGUUUCACAGGACUGCUGAGCUCUGAGGCUAGCUGUUAUUGUAAAAAGCUUUCAUGGUGUUACACCAACCUACCAAUUAUGAUUUAAGCAAGUGAGUUAGUGCGUGUUGUGUUUAUGAUGUUUACUGUUCAAACAAUGUUAUUUAUUUACAUUGCUACUGCUGCUACUUUUUAUUGCUUUAGACGCUGCUGUCACUUCUUUUCCCCAAAGGACAAAUACUUUAUUCUUUUUUUCUUUUUCUUUUUUAAAGCCAAAUAAGUGAAAUAAUGCAACACGUGUUACCAAAUACAGAGCAAGUCUGAAGAGGGCAAAAGCAAGUGAGUGACGGGGAGAUGGUUUAGGAGAGAAAGUGCAGGGAGGUCGGCUUCACAAAAAGUACUAACUCACAAAAUGUAAACACACGUCACCUCAAAUGUAGCUCUAUGUGUAAUGGAAGUAGGUAAUCAUUUAUUUCAUGGCAUCACACUAAAGUGUACAGUGUAGAUACGAUUAAAAGGGAUGUCUGUCUGUCCAGAUGCUUUUUGUCACAUCCAUCCUACACUCUGUCCAUCCCUCCAUCCAUCCACAGGUCGCCUGCAAGCUUGACAACCCUGACAGUUCACACCAAAGGUGUCCACAACUCAACGAAAAUACGAAAGAGCGUUGUUGUUAUUGUUAUGACUAUUGUUAUUGACCUUAUAAUUGAUUACUCUCAGCUACGAUAUAUAUGAAAUCUCUCUAUAGCUAGGGGGAGAGGGUGAAGGGAGGGGGGCGCUGUAAUAUAGCAGCGCCGUGUGUGUAUGUUUGUGUCAUAUACUGUACAGGGGGAGACUGGUGUGCUUACACAAGACAAGGGCCAAGCAAUAAAACCAGCUGGCUCAUCCUUCUACUCAGUGAAUCAACUCUCUGAGGGCCUGCAUCAGGAAGUAAACUCAGUCUGAACAUGUCUGACUGAACAUGAGCAAUCCUGGAUUACUGGUGUCACACAGCUGCUCAACAACCGGCUCUGUUAACUCUGGGGCUUCAAGUCCUGUCAUGAGUGUGUUCAUGUGAAAGAGCUUUUGAUCACAAGUCAGUCAAAUGUGACAUCAUCAAACCCACGAGCAGAGUGCUUGAUAUGACAUGAGAUGACACAGAUUGUUAGGUUAGUGCAGCAGCAAACAGCGUUAGUCAGCGAUGCAAAAUACAAUAUCAUCACAUGAGUAGAGUAGAAUAAGUAAGGCUUAGUGUAAGUGUGGUAAAAAACUAUAUAGGCCUUUGUUGUAAAUUACCUCAAACCUUCUUUACGUAGUGCAAUGUCUUAACCUAACCAACAUAUACACCAAUGUAUCUGCAAUAAGCUAAUAUUGGCCUUAACAACCUUGAUGUUCAUGGGAGCUAUUUUUUCAAAUAUAGGAAAACUCCACCCAGUAUCUUAGAAGACAUAUUACAACAGAUGAGCAGUGUUGUCAAAAAUAUAGAUUUAUCGAUAAAUUCCAAAUAUUUUAACCAUUACUAUUCUCAUUUUCUGCAGUAUCUAUACACUAGUACCAGCUGCUUUCUGGCACUCUCUAAUUGUUAAUGUUUACUGCAGUCAUUCUGCUGCUCUCUGCUACUAACAAAAGAUAAUUGUUGACACAUUAUAGCCCUGUUAUUUAUCUUUUAGAAAAAAGGUAUGCCCUCACUGGUAUCGAAAAUUGUGUCAAAUAUUGAUAUUUUUAAAGGGUUAUCAUCAAAUUUAGAAAUUAUUAGUACAGUGACAACACUACUGAUGAGUAAACUAAACUUUAUGUGUAAAAACAGCCUUUAAUUACAGUUAGCACUGGGGCUAUAGAAAGUUAUCUACACUGUGUUAUUAAUGUGUAGCUAUGAUGUUCAUUCAUUAGGCUAUAAGGGUUGUAAUCUAUAAUCUCUUCUGUUUUAAACCCACAGUGGACAUAUAAUUAUGUAAAAAAAACUGAUGUAAUUAUCAUGGAAACAAAGUAACUCCACUGAUACAUUAGACACUCUGUAUCACCUCCUACUUUAAUGUAAACUUACUUGUGGCGAUCUGUUCGCAGCUUCAGAUCAAAUUCGCUGACAUCAUGUGGACCCCAAGAAGAUUGGCUGUCAGCGGCAGCUAAUGGGGAUUAGUUAAGCUGCAGUACAGGUUACGAUGGUGGUCAGCCCUGGGUAAGAGUGAGUCAGCUUUGUGACACCACUAAACCUGAGUUCAGCCCAAAGAUAGCUCGUGUUGCUUUGUGAUACAGGCUCCUGAGCAGAUCCGACGGUGAGCUGGCACAGCUCCGUUAGCUCAACCUGGAACUGAUUUAGCUUCCAACAGUCGACAGGGACUUUUGUCGCCGGUCAUCCUGCUCUCGUAAACUCUGCAGAUGACAGGAUUCAGGGCCGAUCGUGACAGAUCCGCUCAGCCUCCUCAUUCAAACUUUUGUAUAUAGACCUGGAUCUGGUGCUCAGCAUCCAUCAGCUGUACUGCACUGCCAGCACAGCCUGAGGUGUGUACUCAUUGGUGCAGUUUCAAUAAGAGACGGGGCAAACCCUCACCCACUACAGUGUCCACCGUUCAAACUCUGUCCGUGUGUCUCGGCUCACUUGUGUCUGAACACAAAGCUGGACCCAGUCUCCCGCUGUCGACGUUCUCUGUCAUUAAGCUGAUGUGUAUUUUGCAAACACACGCACACACACUCGCUUCUUGGCUGUGCUGUUUGCGUGCAAACACCUGAUUGAGUGAUGAUGCCACGCUCCACCUCUGUGAAACCAAUCAGGUUAGGUGUGCUAAGAAUGUGUGUGUGAGGAGACAAAAAAUUCUGAUGACUAAUCUAAACACACACACCAAAUGUAUAAAGCUAUCGCGUUCUACACAGCAAUGCUGGCGACUGCCAAUAGUGGCUUUAUGUGUAUAUUAGUUUCCCAGGUGCGACGCCAGGGGUGAACAAACAGCAACAGCUACAGCUAGCUCAGAAAUCCUGUACCUUCGUUGUGCCUUGGCACCAAGGGGGGAGCGUGUGUGUGCGUGUGUGUGUCCUAAACCCAUUUGUAAGUAAACCAAAUAUCAUUUUCACUAUGCAGUCAUUCAAACCAUGUCAGCUUGCUUCGAUGGGGGGGAAAAGCCUCCUGUACAUACACAGAUUUACAGAUAAACUGGAGUUAGCGACAGUGUGUUUUUCUUUUCGAGUCCCCUCCCUCAAACGUCACCGCCUUCAGCUAGUUCACAGAGAAAAGAGAGAGCAAGAGAUAUGUUUUGAAUGAGCUGACAAAUAUUUAAGGAUUGUAUUCGGGUCGGGGAGGGACACGGGGGUUAGAGCGGGGUUUGUAGUGCGGGGGAGAUACAGAUCAAUGCUGUAAAGUAUAUCAAUUGCAUGUUAUUGUCACCGUUGUAACUGCCAUUGUUUUGUUUUUUUUGUUUGUUUUUUUUUUUUCUUCCAAGACAACGGUUGGUUGGGGCGGGGAUGCACAAAACUUUAUCCUUAUUUAUAAUUUUUACACAUAUAGUCUGUACGUUUGUUUUUGUUUUGAAAAUGUUGAAUUAUUGUGUACUUAGGAAAAGACACACUUUUUUGCCUUUUAUUUUUUAAAUGUUCUGUCGACUUUGCAAUAUAUAUUUUUUUUCACUCUGGACCCGUCACUAGUCAUCGAGGAGGAGCUGUAUCAAUAUUAGCAGACAGUGUUUGUUAGAAAACGUCCUGUUUCCCCUCAGUCGUGUGUCUUUCUUUUAGUUAGCUGUGUGCGCAAGCGGAGAGUGUGUGUGUGUGAUGUUUAUUCGUCUACCAAAAGUCUUUAUUGAUGGUGAUUAUUAUUAUUAGCUUUUAUUUUUGUCCGUUGUUUUUUUUAUUAUUAUGAUUACUAUGAUUACUGUUUUUAUUAUUAUUAUUAUUGUUGUUGUUAUUAUUAUUAUUAUUCAGGGCAAAGAUGACACCAAAUUGAACAAAAAAAUAAAUGGGUAAACCCAGACAGUGCUGAGAGCUGGACGGCGUUGUCCGUCUUUCUAAAUGUUUCUUUUACUGGCAAGGUGGCGCAAUCGUUUUUCUCACCGUUACGCUGUAGUGUGUGUCCACCUUAUUUAAACCGCCACGUAAAUAUAACCUCCGAACUGAAAGUCUAAUAGUAUUUUUUUAUCAUUAUUAUUAUUAUUAUAUAUUGUUUUCCUUUGAUCAGAUAUCAUGAUCGAUUUAUUUCUUGUUACCCCAGUUUGGGUCAUAAAUUGUGUGCUGUUAUUUAAUCCCCCCCAAUCCCUGCCCACUGCUUUUAUUUUUUAUUCUAUUUCAUGGUUUUUAUUUGUUAUUCUUUCUGGUUUGUCUGAUGCUGUAGUAAUGAGCUGAUUGGUCAAACACCAGAGCUUUUUUUUUUCCUUUUCCUAAUGCUGAGACUGUCGUGACUGAUGUUGCACUUGUGAUGGGUUUUAUUUUGUUUUUGUUUUGUGUUGCAGAUUUGGGAUUGUUGUGCCGAGAGGAAAAUAAUCGGGUGUUUUUCCUUAUUUUUCUUAAAGUCGCAGCAGUUAUUUUAUCAAUCAGUAGAUCUGUGACACAGAGCAAGAAAAUGAUUCAACAGUGUAUUUUUUUCACUGAUAUUUAUUUAUUGGUCAUUUGUAUGUUUUUCUUUUUUUCUUUUUUUUUGGUUUUAUUUUGUUUUCAUGUGUAUUGCUUUUUUGUGGAGGGCAAACAGGACUCAACAUAGACAAGUAGUCUCUCAUUGGCGUUUUACAUUGUGUACAGAAAGCUAAAUAUUGUAUUCAACUCAUCACACUAACAUACGGACUAUAAAGUAACAGGUUAAAUAGAAACCUGCAGCACAGUAAGGCGCACUGUCUCUGGCUUUACUGUGACUGUCAGACUUGUUUUGUUUACUGUUUCCCCUCUCAGAAGGCCCCAACAAACAAACUGCUCAUGGUUUAAUGGAGCCAUGAUGUAUUUGAACUCUAGUGCUUUGCUAAUAACUCCCAGUUAAAGCUUGUAUUGUUUGAAACUUGGAUGGUUUUUAAUCUGAAUGCCAGCUACAAAGCAGACUAGAUUUGUGUUUUUAAAUUUUAGGUAUUCCAGCUGAUGAUAACUACUACGAUAGCAGACUGAUUGGCUUGUUAUUAACCUGCACUCCCUGUUAGGGAGGUGGGACACGCCUGCUUUGAAAUAUCAUUGAGGUUUGUUGCUUGUUUUCUUUUUUUUCUUUUUUUUUUUCUUUUUUUGUAAAUGCAGUCUAGGUUGCAUGAUUUUGCGAGUUUGCAGGGUGGGGGGGAGGAUUGACUUCAGUCUCCGUUGUUGCAGUUCAGAGGCUUCUUGUAUGUACAACACCACGGAUUUAUUGUCUUGACAGUUGUAUCAAUCGACACAGCUUUACUGCCUGUUUCUGGGUUUUUUUGUUUUCUGUUUUUGUUUUGUUUUUUGACUGUAUUUUAUCCCCCCCCCCCCCAGUCUCAUUUCAAACAGAAUAAAUGCCAUUAUAUUGUGAAUACCUCAGGAUUUUUUUGGAGAAAAAAAAUAAUAAAACACUUAAAAAUCAAAUAAAUAAAUAAAUAAAAACUCAUAAAAAG